GUAUUUGGUAAGUCGCGCACUCGUAUAUUUGCAGUGUAAACGAAAGUACUUUCGAUUUAUUUUUAAUUUAAAUUGAUAAAUUUGGCAGCGAUUUUGGAAGGUAGAAGCUAUUGUUUUACCAAGGCACGAUGGGGGUUGAUAUCAAAACAUAUCGGUGCCAUUGGGUCAUACAGUGUGCAAGGUAGCUUUGGAAGUGACAGAAACCUCCAGAGGGGAUUGGUAGUAAACAGUUGAACGAGACGGGAUGUGAAUCUCCACACGCAUACAGGCAUAAAAUCACUCAAAUUCUGUUAUUGAUGUCUGGAGUUGAAUCAAACUCACGGCCAAAUUCGACAAGUUCCGAAGACGAGGAACAGAACAACGAUGCAACGGAUCGAAGACUGCCGAAUAGUUGUGAAGAUGGUAACCUUGCAGCAUGCAGAACUGAAACUAAUAAGCGUGCAGGUCCCUCGCAAGAUGAGCGUCCGACAAGCGGUGCGACAGAUCCCAGAGAACUAACGAGUUGUGGGAAUGGUAAUGGCCAAGCAAGCACUUCAGAACCUAGCCAGUAUGUAGAUCCCUCUCAAGUGAACAACAACUCAACACACGAAGGAGAGAUUGAUAAAAGUGUGAGGAACCAACUUCAAGAAAGUGAAACUAGUUCUGAAGAUGAGUCCUUUUCAACUCUCUUACCGACAAAUGAAGUACGCCUGCGAAAUGAGCGGGAACAGUUUCAAGAGCAAAGCAAUAAAACGAAAGACGAGAUUCCCACAACCAUUGUAUUAUAUCAAAGACAGUCAGACAGACAAGGCAGCAAUGCAGAGGAAAACAUCGUGGAAAGUAAUAUAUGUGUUUUUUCCCGUUCAAGGUAG